CCGGUCCUGCUCCUGAGUCCUCUGGAUGGAGCCGGCUCCUUGAGGAAGGGCGGGAGGAGGGAGAAGACGAGAAGGGAGGCCUGGGAUCGCCGCCUUUGGAGAGACCCCCGCGCCCCCUUCCUCCCUCCCUCGCCGGCCCCUUGUGGCCGCAGCAUGCGGAGGCGCCCCGGGUCCUGCUCCCGCCGCCGGGCCCUGUCCCUCCCGCCAUGUACGUGAGCUACCUCCUGGACAAAGAGGGGGCCCCCAUGUACCCGCCGGGCUCCUCGGUGCGCCACGCGGCGGGGCUCAACUUGGCCGCGCAGAACUUCGUCCCGGGACCCCCCUACGCGGACUACGGCGCCUACCAUGUGGGGCCCUCCAUGGGGGGGCUGGACAACUCGGGGCAGGCCUCCUCCUCGCCCGGCUCGCCCUGGCCCUCCCCGCCCCCGGGCGCCUACGACUGGAACGGCUACGGGCACGGGCAGGCGGCGGGCUUGGCUUACAACCCGGUCACCGGGGACUACCACCCGCACCCACCGCACCCGGGGCCCUCUUGCGGGGGUCUGGCCCCGUCGCCCGCCGGGCUGCUCCACUCGCUCAACGCGGCGCCCCUCCAGCAGACGCCCGAGCAGCUCUCCCCCGGAGCAGGAGGAGGAGGGCAGCGGAGGAGCCACUGCGACUGGAUGAGGAAGCCCACGGCGGGGGGAGCCGUGAAAACCAGGACGAAAGACAAGUACCGUGUGGUCUACACAGAUCACCAGAGGCUGGAACUGGAGAAGGAGUUUCACUACAGCCGUUACAUCACCAUCCGGAGGAAAGCUGAGCUGGCAGCCACUCUGGGAUUGUCAGAAAGACAGGUAAAAAUCUGGUUUCAGAACAGGCGGGCCAAGGAAAGGAAGAUCAAUAAGAAGAAGAUGCAGCAAUCCCAGGCAGCCGGCGUGCACAGUGGUUCAGAGCCCAUGAGCCCUGUCUCCUCCCUGCAGACGGGGACCAACGGCUCUGUUGUACCCAAUGGAGGAGUGUUGGGCACAACAGGCUUAGUAUCGCCUCCCACUGCACAGUGACAGCAGCUGGAAGGAAAAAACUUGGAAGUCCCACACUCUUUAUUACAGAGGAGUUAAACAUAUGUACAUGUGUGCACACUUGUGCAUAUACCAGCCCUCCAUGGGAAAGACCAAUGGCUCAUUGACAGUUGACGUGGAUAAGCGUAGGCUCUCCUUCCCCAUCUGUGCACUACAAUGGACUUUGCUAAGCAGCACCACACUCCAGUUUGUGUGUGUGCAUGAAUGAAUGUGUGUGUUUUAUUUUUUUGCUGCACAAUUUGUACAAAAUAUACUGUGAAUUACCUGAAUUCUAUUGGGGGAGAAGGAAGGGAGAUGUUGAUUUUCCUUAAUUUGCUUCGUGUAAUAUUAUUAUUAAUAUUUCUAUUUUUCUCCAUGACACAAUAGAGAAUAGCUUCUAACUGACACUUCUCUUUGCAAUGGAAAUGUCACAUCUCAGGGAAUUUGGGCCUGGAUUUCCUUUUGUUGUUUGUUUGUUUUUCCUUGGUUUGUGUGUUUUUUUUUAUUACAACUGUUGUUGGGGUAAUAAUAAAUGUCUGAGUGAGAAAAGAGGAGAAACCCAAAGAAAGAAAAAUUAAAAAAAAAACUUUGUUUUCCUGGUGCCUUCAAUAGACUCCAAAAAGCAUCACGUUUCUUUACAGAUCACAAAUAGUCUGAGCAAGAAACUGCUGAAAUGUUCCAAAGCAAGUAGUUUGUUUCAAAAUUGUCAUAAAAGAGCACACAAUCUGAUAUGGAUGAUCAGCCACCUGUCUUUAUGCAUGUACAUGUCAUAGCUUGGAAAAGACACUGUUUUGGACCAACCCCCAGCAGCCAUGUUGGCUUGGAUAUUCUAGGAAUAGUAGCCCUAACUUUUCCAAGUUCUGAGGAUAUAUAAAUCAGUACAUUUGAAAUUUGAAAUUCAGGCCAUGCCAAGUUGAA